GGAAAAUCGCGUAUACGGUCCAAAAUUUAGGGCUUUGUUGAUUGUUGUACAUAGCGCGGCACCUGCUACCCCUCUCCCUGACUGGCCUUCAUAGCUUCAUAGCUCUUUGUCACCGUCUUUCAAUAUUUCUUGCUCGAUUCAAGCAAGCAUGGGAAAGGGUCCUGGUCUUUACACUGACAUCGGAAAGAAAGCUCGAGAUCUUCUGUACAAGGAUUACCAGACCGACCACAAGUUCACAUUCAGUACUCUAUCGCCCACUGGAGUUGCUAUAACAUCAUCAGGAUCAAAGAAAGGAGAUGUGUUUGUAGCAGAUGUUAACAUUAAGCUUAAGAACAAGAAUGUUAUCACUGAUAUCAAAGUUGACACCAACUCGAAUCUUUUCACAACUAUUACUAUUGAUGAACCUGCUCCAGGAUUGAAGGCUAUUAUUAGUUUCAGAGUUCCUGAGCAAAGAUCAGAAAAGAUUGAAGUUCAAUAUUUACACAAGUAUGUUGGGAUAAACACCAGUGUUGCUUUGACAGCCACCCCAGUACUCAACUUUGCUGGGGUUGUGGGAACUAAUGUUCUAGCACUUGGUACUGAUCUGUGCUUUGACACGAAAGCGGGAGAUUUUACCAGAUGCAAUGCUGGAUUGAGCUUCACAAAUUCUGACCUCAUUGCUGCCUUGAGUCUGAACGAGAAGGGUGACAUCCUGAGUGCCUCGUACUAUCACAAUGUGAAACCAUUUACUUCCAUUGGUGCUGAGGUGACUCAUAGUUUCUCAAAAGCCGAGAAUACCCUCACCCUUGGUACCCAACACCAGUUGGAUCCACUGACAACAGUGAAGGCGAGGUUGAAUAAUGUUGGGAAGGCAAGUGCUCUUCUUCAGCGUGAAUGGCGCCCCAAAUCCUUCUUCACUGUGUCAGGAGAAGUGGACACUAAGUCUGUUAACAAGAGCCCCAAGUUUGGUUUGGCAUUGGCUCUCAUCCCGUAAUAAUUGUGUUUUUGAGAUAGAGAUUGAUGAACAGUUUACAGUUACAUGUGCUCAAGAACAUGUUAUUCUUGAUGUUAGUUUGGCGGCUUUAGUAGACUGCAUAAAAAAAUGAAUAUCAGUGAUUGGAUUAAAGUUUAAACUAUGCGGCUAUGCCUCCAACUCUGAAUUGCUUCAUACAUUCUCAUUUCACCCACUAAACUAUACGUAUUACUAUCUGAAUUUCAUUUAUUGAAUUUACUCUAUCUUGUUCUGG